AUGAAGUCACGCUAUGAUCCUCCAGAGGGCUUGGGUACUGGAGGAAAUCCAGUGCCCCUGAUUGGAGACACUGAGAAUGUGAACGUUGUGACGAGGAGACACUUCAGAGCCUGGGAAUUGGCGAUGCAAAAGCCACAGGAGACAGUGGAGUCUUUCAGCUUGACUAUCUUCUUUCAACCAGUACCCUCAGGGAGAAAGUUCAUGAAAGUUCUACCCCAGGUUGAGAAAGAUGGAAACAUGAUGAACCUUUGCAGCGGCUUUGGGGCUGGAUUCAUCACUGGCGCCCCAUUCAGCAAGGAGAAAAAGGCUGUUGCAACAUUACAGGAAACAUCUCUUUACACGUGUAUGGAGGCACCUGCUGAUGUGAACGAUUAUUCUUGCCCCGACCCAGAUUCGAAACCGGGUGUGAUCUAUCCAAACUUCAUCGGAACCUUCUGCCACAAGUCUUACCUUCAGCGCUGGACACCUUGCAACAUCAAGAGCACGGACGACAGGUGCUGCGGCUUGUUCAAUGGUGGUGCAAAUAGCGGAGAACUUGAGCAACCACCCUUUCCAGAAUAUUACUUCUAUCAACUGGGCAGCAGUUGCAGGAUCAAGUUGCACGAAGUCCUUGUCCAAAAAGUAGUGCAGGCAAAGCACGCGAAGUCUUUUGCAGCGUAG